GUGAAAACGUCUGCUAUUUCAACUAAACUGCCUAUAGCUAGUCACGUUUGUGUCGAAUUUUAGUUCAUAUUUACUUUGAUUAUGGCUUCAGAUGACAUUUGGAAGUUGGCAUACGGAGGAGACCUCUCCGCAUUGAGAGUGAAAUUAUCGGAGAAUAAUUCGCUGCUCUUGAAAUUAGAUCAGAAUGAUCGCAUGCUAAUUCACUGGGCAGCAUCAGGAGCUAAGUAUGAGGUUGUCCAGUAUCUUUUGGAAAAUGGAGCACAGGUUAAUGUGAAAGAUGAUUCGGGUUGGAGUCCUCUGCACAUUGCAGCAUCGGUUGGACAUGCAGGUAUUGUCACUGCUCUGAUUGGUAAUGAUGCUGAGGUCAAUGCAACCAAUCAUACGGGGCAGACUCCUCUUCAUUAUUCCUCCUCAAGAGAUAGGGUUGAGGUGACAGAGAUUCUACUUGAUCACGGAGCAGACCCCGUGAUCAGUGACGAAAAUGGUGCCACGCCCCUCCACCGUGCUGCCUCCAGAGGAAACUUAGAAAUUGUCAAACUUCUCCUCCAGUUCAACUGCCGGGUGGAUGCAACAGAUAAGCAAGGAAACACUCCAUUACAUCUUGCUUGUGAGGAGGAGAGAAAAGAAGAAGCUGUUGCCCUUGUUGAACAUGGAGCAAGCCUUGAAAUAUUGAAUAAGGUCAGUGAAAAGACACCCCUAGCCUUGGCUCCAGCAGGAUUGGCACGGUCAUUGAGGAGAUUAAAAGAAUAGCCUCAUCCGAUGAUGAUAAGACUAAAUAUUUUUUUAAUGCAAACUGCUGAUGCGCCUCAAGAAAGGCUCUGUCACUUAUCGCAGAUUAACAAAACUGUAAGCGUCUCUUUAUCAUUUUUUUUGUCAGAUGAUGUUAGACAACCGCAAAUUUAAUUUUUCUUGCCAUGAAUGGUAGGAGAAAUGCACUGUCUGUCAGCAUCUAGUAAUGUCUGCAACCAGCUGAAGAUUGUGUCAGAUAAUACAUCAUAAUGCAUCAGAGUGUGACAGGCACCUUAAACCAAAAGCACGGCUGCAUCUUAUCCACAAGAAUCCCACAUUUGUAGCUUACACGAUUCUUCAUAGAAGGGUAAAGGCAGUGAGUCUGCGAAAGAGCUGCAUAUUGCUUUUAGUGUCUCUCCCACAACCCUUUCAUUCUGUUUAUGAAGAAUGGGAAUUAUUAGCAAUGAAAGAUACUUGUGGAAUUUCUUCUGGAAAUACAUGGUGUUGUAUUUUGGUAAGCUUUCUACAACAGCAAAGGACCUCCAGGCUGGAAGAGGAUGGCUGAGUGCUACAUUUUCUAAGUUUGCCGAGUGCAUUUGUUUGGAAACAUGAACCUGCAGUUUUUGGAAUGCUGGUUUCUUCUACUGUCAACCAACUUGAAUUCUGUCUCUCAUCAGCUUCAUGGGGAAAUCAACACCUAUACGGGAAUUACCAAUUUUUAUUGUCCAUCAGUUAGAAUGGAAUCAAAUUUUACAUCCAGUAGAGGUUAUGUAAUUGUACCUUCGUCCUUGCUUCAUGUUGCCUUAUCUUAUCAUCCCUGGUCUUAAAUUGCCAAAUAAAAUGAAUUUCUGUGAUUUGAUAUGAUGGUGCAUCGUAUUUGGCUGACCUUAAAAUAUGCAGGUAUGUUACAGGGAUUUCAACUGCUUUUCAUAAAUGUUGGUGUCAUCAAAAUGUUAAUCCACUUGUCCCUGAAAAUUGACUUCCUGUGACAGGCUAAGCCUAGCUAGGGAAAAAAGAAUAACAAGGAAUUCAAACUAAUAUAAAAUAAAAUACAUUCAAAAAUUUAUUUUGAUAUCGUUUUUUUUUCAUUGUUUAUUGUGACAAAGACACAUUUUUUUCAGUGUUUUAGGUACUGCAUUGCCAUGGGAAUGGCAUAUUAUUAGAUACCUUACAUAAGGCCUUCAAGAUAAGGUUGGGCUAUUAAUCACCUGUCAUGACAUUCCUAAAAAAAAAAAAUUACCAAAAAGCAAAAUACAAUCAUUUACUACUAUGGGAUUAAAAAGGGAACAUUCUUUAUUGAGCUUACAUAUUUUUCCCGGAUUUUUUCCAUAGAAAGUAUUUCUUUGGAUCAUAACUUGAAUCACAGGAUACAAAAUGCCCCAAGAACUUAGCUAUUAUUUGAUUCCUUGUUCAUGAUAUGUAAUAGCAUUCUUGUAUUGUGAUGAAGACAGUAUACUUUUUAAGAUUGAGUAACAUCAUUUGGGGAUUUGUAUCCCACUUGACACUAAUGUCUAAUGGAAAGAUACAAACUCUCACUUGCCGCUCUCCACCCAGGGGUAUGUGGUAGAUUAUGGUGAAUGGACACCAUGGAUGAACAGUGGUAUUUUGUAAAUACCACUGAAAUGGGCCACCCUCCAUAUCUUAAAUGGUUUAUGCGAUGCGUUAAAUUGUUCAUGUAUAUAUUUCAUUCUUUUUCUAUGGAAUAAAUACAAACUAACCAAUGUCAAUGUGUUAUGAUUGGGAAUUUAGGUAAUGUUUUCUAAUUAAAAUAUAUCGGGACCGCAGAAAUCUUUUUGACUUAGAAGAGGCGUGUGUAGCACAUAUAAUCUGGUCUAAAAAUUGCUGUGACUUAGAAAAAAUUCAAUCUGUAAAAUGACCAGAAUGCUAAUGCACAUGAUGCACUCUUGAAUCACAUUAUGACCACAUUGAUAGUAGUACCGGUAAUACAUACUAAAAGUUGACUAUAGAAACUCUGUAUCAAGCAGACACAUAUCUAGGGGGGGGGGGGGGCAAUUGCUUAUAAUAUUUUGGUGGUUCCUAAUUGGAAGUAAUUUUUUCUGCCCCAGGUAUCAAGUGCUGUAUUAAUGUAGAUUUAUUUCUUAUAGCUCUUCAUAGUUGUUACACACAAGCACACAAUACUGCUAGUGGUAGAAAAUAUUGCACAACUCACUCCAAUAAAAAGACUUGAUGAAACUUUUCAUUGCAUAUGCGUCAGCCUAUGUAAUUACUUUAAUAAACUGUUAGGUUAUAUUCAAAUUACAAUAGUUUACCAUUUGUAUUCUAAUAUUCCAAGAACAAAAACUGAUUUUAUACUGCUUGGUAUCUUGAAUCCUUCUGUUGCUAGUUGGUAUAAAGAAAUCUGGUUCUUGUAUUUGUUUUGAUUUAAACCAUAUUGAUAUUAUUCCGUUUACAAAAGAAAAUUCAAAGCGGAUGAAUUCUAAGUUUGAUUCUGUAUCAGUCUGUUGAUAAUUGUAUAAAUGUGUUUA